AUGAAAAACAACAACAAGGCCACGGAAAACUAUUACCUUAAGGAGCCCCCUUGUGACCAUGGCAACAAUGCGCUAAACAAGUGCUCAAGCUACUUCGACAUAAGUCAAAUUAAACAGUUAUACGCCCCCCAAAGUGUCAAUGGGUAUGAACAAAUUUUUUCCCCCCCUCGUAAAGCCAAGAAGGCAGGAAGAAAAAGUAAAAAAGAAAUAUCCAACACAAAAGGUGCCAUCCCUUCAUUCCACAGUGGUAACGACAAAACGAACAAAAUAAACAAAAUGAAUCGAAUGAACCAGUACAAAAAUGACAUGAAAAACCAAGUGCCUGUAGGAAUAGGCGAAAGGAAAAAAAUGAAAUUUAAUGCGCCGAAUGAAGAUCCCCACUUUUUUUACAGCAAUUCCUUUGACCAAACGCCCAGAAAACAGUUCUCAUUUAACCAUGAGGACCCACAAAAUGACGAAUCCCCAAACGUCUGUAAUCCAAGCGGCAGUGUUAGAAAAGGUGUUAACAAAACGGCGAAUAGCAGAAACGGUUCAUUAAACAAAUACGAUUUUAUUAGAUUUGUUUGUUCUCCGACCAAAAAAAGUGCUGAUAAUAGAAGCGCAAAGUGUGAUAGUGAAAUGUGCAGCCCGCCGAAAAAUGGCACCACUGGAAAUGGCACCACCGGAAAUGACGCUUCCAAAAAUGACCGCAAAAGUGACCCCAAAAAUGACGCUUCCAAAAAUGACCCCAAAAGUGACCCCAAAAAUGACCGCAAAAAGGGCGGAAACUGCGGCGAACACACUGCCACUAGCAUGGGCUCAACGAAUGACCCCAAAAGAGUCGUAAACAAUUACCCCCAAUGGGACAAUAUUUUUGAUCCGAAAAGGGACCCACAGAAUGCCCUCAAAACCAACCAAAAUUUUAACCCCCAAAAUGAUCUCAAAAAAGGAGCAAACUAUGGCGAACACAUUGCCACGAGUAGUAACAUAAAGAAUGCCCCCCAAAGAGCCGUAAACAACUACACCAAAUGGGACAAAUUUUUUGACCCAAGAAGGGACCCGCAGAAUGCCUCAAACGAACAAAAAUUUGACCCCCAAUAUGACCUCAAAGGGGGCAAAAAAUAUGCCCAAAAUGUUACCCAGAACAAUGACGCAAAGAUUGACACAAAGUGUUCCACUUUUGGUGUCACAAAGAGUUACUCGCAAAAUGACCCAAAAUGGGAUCCCAAAAAUGACCCAAAAACGGACCCACAAAAUGAGUCAGUUUUUGAUCCCAAAGGGGGUGCAAAGUGUGUCGAACUCGUUGGCACAAACGGGACCACUAGCGAUGACAUAGGGGAAGACUCCAAAAGUGCCAUAAAAAAUUUCCCAAAAAAUGACCCCCAAAGUGGCAUAAAAAAUUUCCCAAAAAAUGACCUCCAAAGUGGCAUAAAAAAUUCCCCAAAAAAUUACCCACAAAGUGGCAUAAAUAACUACCCCCAAAGUGGCGCAAACAGUUGCCCCCCAAAUGACCAGUACGAUGGCACAAACCAAAGCAGCGCAAGUGAGCAAGAGAGCACCCCCAAGAACGGGGCACAGAACAACGGACUGAUCGACCUGGAUAGCCACGAUUCCAUCGACCGACUUAGUAGAAACUUUUUCAUAAACAACAAAAAGAUCUUCAUUACGCACUUUCGAAAAGGAAAGGAGGCACAUAUUAAACGUGCCAGCAGUCAUGCACAUAGCAGUGGUGGGAACGCUCCUCUCCGUUACGAUGCACCAGAGGGGGGAAGAAACAAGGGAAAAAAUGAACACAACAAAUGGAGCGAAAAUGCUGAAGAGGUAACCCCAGGUGGUGAAACUUUGCACUGGGGCCUUUUUGCAAAAGUGAAUUCCCCGCAUUGUGAAGAUUAUGCUCAGAGCGGGGAGGAAAUUUUCGGAGUGCAAAACUGCAGGGUGCAAAACUGCAUUGGCGCAGGGGAAAACAAAGCCGAACGUGACGAUUGCAACGAAGAUGACGAGGACCAUAAUGACGACACACGCUACUCCGACGAAGAGCCAGCUGACGGUAGCAACUUCCUUCAAGACAUGAACUCCUUCGUGCGCAAAAACUGCAGCGCGACAAAAUCGCUGUACAGCCACCUGGACGUCCCGUACAACGGCAGCAAGGAAGAAAUUAAAAAGUCGUACAAGGAAAAAAUAAAGGUGCAUCACCCAGAUAAAGGAGGAAGCAUAAACAAGUUUCUUCAACUGAAGCUCUCUUAUGAUAUCCUAACAAACGAUAAAAAGAGAAAAAUGUAUGACAAAUAUGGACACAGCAUAUUAGAAUUAUUAGUGAGCGAAAAAUUUCAAAAUUAUGAGAUAUCCUCAUCGGAUGAAGAAAAUAGUGAAAACGAAAUUGAUGAGGAGAACGUAAAGAUGUAUGACUUGUUUGUCCAAAAGUACAACAACACAUCGUACUUACACAACUUACACGAUUUAAAAAUGGAUAGCAAUCAGUACAACGAAUUUCAGAAAUUAAUUUUCCAUUUUUUUCAUCAUGAAAAUCCCAUGUUUAAGAACACCUUCCAUUUAUUCCCAGCUUAUUCUCCGUUUGUCCCUCCGUAUAGGAAAAAAAAAACAGACAAACGGAAAAUAGAUAAAAUAAAGGCAGUUGAAAAAGCGGCAGUUGAAAAAGAGGCAGUUGAAAAAGGGGUAGCUGAAAAAGAGGCCGCUGAAAAAGAGGAAGCUGAAAAAAAGGCAGAUAAAAAAAGAAUUCCCCAUUUGGGAUUAUCAAGCAGCAUGGAGAACUCCCCUGACUGUUUUAUCCGAACGAAGGAGCUGCUCAGUUCCGGAGGCAGUUCCACAUCUCGAAAUGAGUCCCCUUCAAAUUACAGCGCAACAAAGGAAUCCUCAAUUUACGAUGUACUAAGCAUAGAGCAUGUCACUAAUCUGUUUAACGAGCUCGACGAUGACUUUAAAUGCUUUUACAAAAAAUGCAUCGUGCACAAAAUAGAGGAAUCAGAAUUGGCUAACAACUCCAAGUAUGCCAAAAAAGGAGUGACAAAAAUCGUAAACCCAGGGGAUGAUCAUCACUUGGAGGGGAACACCAACAGUGAUGAUGCCUCCACCCCCGUGAAGGAACAUACACACCACCCCUUCGAACAGUCUCCCUACGAUGAAGAUGUCGCCACUCCCCUAGCGCAGUGCGAACUCUCCCAGGAAAAACACAUCUCCAACCGUUGCAGCCGAAACGAAACCGCCUACCCCUUCCGGGAUAUUCAGACCUCCCCAAUUGCGUACAAAAUUAUAAACGAAAAUAACGAGAGGCACAUAGCCGACUUUUACAGGUGGUUUGAAUUAUUUUUCAAUCACCACCAGGGUGCGCAAGAAGCGGCGAAAGAAGCGGCGAAAGAAGCGGCGAAAGAAGCGACGAAAGAAGCGACCAAUGAAGCUGCGAAUGAAGUAGCUAACCACGCAACCCAAAGGGAUCACCGCAUUUGUAGUGGCAUGCCCCCCAACUCGCAAAGCCAAGCGUCCACACCCACCACCGUUGCUCCCCCGAGGCCACAAGAAGAAACACAUUCAGCACAAACUAACGAAACGGACGCAGAAAUCAAUUCGGAGCCAUUUAAAACGUUUCAAUACUGUGCCGAGAAAUUCAGCGCCUUUGGGCAGAUGCUGCGUAGCAGUAGUGACACCCCGAAUGCGCAAGUAAAUGGGGAUGCCCCAAACGGGGGAACCCCUGCUAAAUUUGCACAUGAUAACAGCGGCAAAACUCAGCAUCCAGACGGCGGAAAAACCCAACAUCGAGACGGCGGCAAAAACCAACAUCGAGACGGCGGCAAAAAUCAACAUCUCGAGGGAGGCGGAACCGCCCACUUCCACACACACCCAAACGCAACGCCAACCCGCGCAAACACCACUCCGCGGAGAAGCGAAAAAAAAGGGGACAAGCCUAAUAGAUCGCGAGAAAAAAACGCACACAAAAUAACCCCCUUGCGUAGCGUUAGCACCAAAGUGGAAGAUAAUAACCUGGCACUAAAUAUUGAAGAAAAAUAUGGCUUCAAUUUGCUGAAAAAAAGUGAACAAAAAAUUAAAGACAUAACACACGAUUUUAAUUACAUAUAUAUAGGAAGUAACAUGAUGAAGAAAAACAAAUUUGUCCUUUUCGUAAAAGAAGAAAGUAUAAAAAAAUUUUUAAAAGUGAAACUGCUCAUCGAAAAAAUUAAAAAAAAGUCAAACUUGAAACUUAUAUCCGUAUUCGAAAAGGAAAUAGAAAAAAACAUAAAACACAUGGAAUACAUUUUACUGCUCACAACACACAAGGAUGAAUUCCUUCCGCUCAACGAUUUUUAUCUACUUGACAGAAAUAUUUUUCCAAGAGACCAUUAUUGUAUACCCAUAUAUAAAAAAAAAAACAGCAUAAGCAGACCAACUCAUUUUCACAUCAGGUGGAUUGUAUACACCAUACAGUCGCUCAUCUUUUUUAAUUUCUUUUUUAAAAAAGUGAAUAAGUAUAUGUGUGCCUUUCCCUUUUUAAUUACAAGUAUAAUUUACUCAAACAUUUUUUGGACCAUGAAGAAAAGGCCAAUAGUAUCCCCCAUCAUAUAA